AUGCAAAUUCUGGCCGUCAACAAGGCGAUCGGCGGAGAAGCCGCAGAACUCUUCAAGCGAAAGAACACACUCGUUGUGGUGGCCCUUCAAGGACUGUGGGAAAUCGAGACGGCAUUCACGACCUUGCACAGCUUGUCGGUGCCUAUACUGGCUGAGUUCGGACGUGGGAGCGUCGAGUAUACUCGCACCCUUGUGAGAAAGCUCAACUGGCGAGUGGCCAUCACCUCAACACAACGCAUCAACGACACGGAAAACCGGACAAGCCAUGUGCUCAUGCUUGAGGUCAACCUCUCAAAUUGGAAACGUCUACAAUACAAGAUGCGGUCACAGUCGAAAUCAAUCCAGGCCUUCAAAAUAGAUGCACGGCGAAGACGGAGCGAGACAUGCUCUCUGCUCUACAGAGUGUUGGAUAUCACCUUACAUCGCCGUGACAAGGACCUGGCCUUACGCCUGAGAUCAGCGCCGAGUACCAUUUUCCUGCUUGCGCUUGAGUGGCGGAAGUUCGUGGCGUUGAUCAGACUCAAACAACGUGCUGAUCACUUGCAACUCAAUACGCCUCACGAUACCACUCGCAACUACGCCAUGAUCAUAUCAUACUGGGUAUACAGCAGCCGGUUGAUGUUUGAAUCUGGACUGCAAGCCAAGGCGGGUCGACUGCCACGAUCACGUCUAUCUCUUCGAUGGCACCUCCUUUCAUUCGACCUCGCCAUCACCAGAUUCUGGGUGGCCAUCCGUGCCAGUCAAUGGGAGACCGCUCAACACUUUUACAAAUGGAUGAAUCAUCGCGAUUUGCACCGCGGCUACAACCCGGCUAUAGGCUGCAUACGUCACGCUGCAUUGGUUCUGCAUGUCCUCAUACCCAGCAGCGUGGACGAGGCUACGUUGUACGGUUUGCUCAGAACUGUGGAGCAAGGGCCGACCAAUGACUAUGUUGCUCACGAUGUCGGUGUCCUGCGCAACCUCAUCCAAGUCCCGGAUCCAGCAGAUAGCUCAAGCAUGGCGAACGUAGUGGUGAACCCAAAACUGCUGAGUGUCCACAAGAUGCCUCCUCGAGCGUUCAACCAUGCCUUGAACGUCAGCGUCGUUGGCCAGUCUGGUCCUGUGGAUCGGCCAACCGGCUUAGUAGACUGGACUGACACGGAGCACCUGGCACAGCUAAGCGAAGCGGACAAGCGGGGGAUCAAGGCCUUCCAGGCAGCUCAUAGCCUCCCGGAAAGUGAGUUCCUGUAG